CCCCCGCCGCGUUCCCGCACCAUCGGCGGGGAGGAGGUGGGGGAGGGGCGCUGGCCCUGGGUCGGGAGUCUCCGCCGGGGGGGGGCGCACCUGUGCGGGGUCAGCGUGGUCAGCGAGAGGUGGGCGGUGACAGCGGCGCACUGCCUGCGCGGGUCCCUCGACCCCCGCCAAUACUCGGUGCUGCUGGGAUCACGUGACCUCUGGGGGGAGGGGCCCGACGACUCCGUGGGCGUGGCCAAGGAGCGGAAGGGCGUGGCGGUGGGCGUGGCCGAGCUGCUGCCCCACCCCCUUUACCGGGGCGAGGCCACGAGCGGCGACAUCGCAUUGGUCCGCUUGGCCACGCCCCUUUCSUUUGGCCCCGCCCUCGGGCCCGUCUGCCUCCCCUCCCCCACCCUGAGGUUCCCGCCCGGAACGCGCUGCGUCAGCACCGGCUGGGGGGAGGGGCCCGGAGGGCGAUUCCGGGGGUCCCCUGGGCGAUUCCGGGGGUCCGCUGGGCGAUUCCGGGGGUCCGCUGGUGUGUCAGUGGGUGUGGUCACUGUGGUGGGUGUGGUCACUCUGACGGUCACUUUCGUCACUCACUGGUCACUCUUUGUCCCCUCAGGGCGAUUCCGGGGGUCCCCUGGUGUGUCAGGCGAUUCCGGUGGUCCGCUGGUGUGUCCGGCCGCUGACCGCUGGGUUUUGGCGGGAGUUGUCUCGUGGGGGGAGGGGUGCGGGGUCCCGUCCCGCCCCGGGGUUUACACGCGCGUCAGCGCCUUCUCUGAUUGGAUCGCGGCCCGCGCGGGGGGCGUGGCCUUCGUCUGGCCCCGCCCACGCAGCGGAGACAUCCGCCCGGCACCGGAAAUGGGCGUGGUCGUGGUGGGCGUGGUUAUU